AUGGCGGAUAGCAAUCAAGCCCCCGCCAAUGGCGAGCCUGCGCCGGUCCGACGGCCUAGAGCUCCGACGAUAACGAUCGACACCGCCAUCAACCCAAAUGACGGCUCCCAAGCCGCCGCGCCUGGAGCAUCGGGUAAUUCGCCGGUGUCGCCUCAAGAGGAGGGCGUGAGCCCUGCGACGACGACCGCGUCCGAGUUGCGCGGAACUACCUCGUUCGACAGCAAAGAUAGUCGGCCUACGAGUCCGCACAACGUAUCGAGUGCCCUUGCUCCUCGAGCCCCCGAAAGGCAACCUACGGUCGAGGCAGAACUCGCUCGAGUCCGACGAUGCGUCCCGUUCGGUGGUCUCUUCGCAAGGGAGACGAUUGUGGCGGCGUUGACAAACACUCCCGAUCCGUCGAAGAAGAGACAGUCGAGCGAGUUUUCCAACGACAAGAUUAUGAAUGACGAGAAUGCGCUUACCCCGGAUCAAGGGCGCGAGGAGGACUUUACGGUCGACAACAAUCCGUUCGCUUUUACCCCGGCCAAAUGA